GAAAUUUUCAACAUCAUGAGGUAACAUAUGGACGGUAUAGAAACCGAACCAUGAUAUAUAAAGUCAUAUCGACACUUACAACCCUUCAUUUUAAGGGUACUUCAAAACAAAAUUAGGAGCACAUAUUCAUCAUUUAAAUUAUAACAAGUAUUAUGAUAGAAAACUGACAUUGCUGAUUAUGAAAGAUUUUUACUAUACAUAAAAUAUCGCAUAUUUAUGAUAAAAUAGGUUUUAAGCAUCUUUCCAUUUUAUUAUACGUUCGAAAACGAGUAUGGUAAAUGAGUGCCUUAAGAGAUCAAGAUCCCGAUUACGGGCCAUCCGCUGCAAAUAAUGAAAAACAUCAACGAAUUUACGAAGAAAAUGCACGAAGUAGUACUGCAAGAAAAAUAACAGCUAUUAUUGAAAAAGAAUUUUCUCAAGAAAUUAAUACAAAAGAAAAGGAAGUUCUAGAGAUACAAAACAGAUUACACAGGGCAUCAAAAGUCCUUCAUCUCUUGCGUUAUGUCAUUGUAGCUGAUUUUUAUAAUCGCAAACAAUGUCAGAAUUCACAAAAUGGAGAAGCAAAGCAAACUCAGAUUCAUCCUGCAAUAAAACAAUUGAUUGGUAAAACACCAAAGUCAUCUGACAAUUCAAUUAUUCCCAUAUCAGCAUCAACCAGUGAAAGUUGUUUCACAGCACCACAAUUAACUUCAAUAUUUCCAUGUAAUAUUACUAACAGUGGUACAGUAAAAACAGAACAAACUUCUGAGAAUUGUCGAUUAGAGAAAAGGAGCAAUGAAACAGAUGAAGAGUCGCGACCAAAGAAAAUUCCUCGAUAUAUUCCACCAAACAGCGGAGUCCUGGAAUCUCAAUGUCCAUCAAGAGGAAUUAGACACAAAGUGAGAAAGCGUAUAAUUAUUGGAAAUAUUUCAAAAUGGAUUCCUCCUGAGUGGAGAGAAGAUGCAGCUAGUCACAAGUGGACAAUGUAUGUUAGAGGAAAUAAAGAGAAUCCUGAUAUCAAUGAUUUUGUUAACAAAGUCCGAUUCUUUCUACAUCCUAGUUAUAGACCUAAUGAUGUUGUGGAAGUUACAUCAGCACCAUUUUGUCUUUCACGACGUGGUUGGGGUGAAUUCCCGCUAAGAGUACAACUGCAUUUUAAAAGUGCUCUGAAUAAACCUAUGGAUAUAAUUCAUUAUUUGAAGUUAGAUCGCACUUACACUGGUCUACAAACUUUAGGAUCUGAGACACUCGUCGAUAUAUGGAUCUAUGCAGAUUCCCGAAAUUGUAAACGAAAUACAAAUAGGCUUACUGAUUAUGACUUUAAUGACAGCGAACAUAAUUGUAAGGUGAAAUUAGAAAAUGAUGAAGACGAUAAUCUCAUAUGUGAUCUCAUGAGUAAUAGCAUAAAUGAAACAUUAAAUAUAACAGAUAAGAACUGCGAUGAUUUAGUGAAAAAAGAAUCCCCAAAAGAUAUAAAAAUUAACAAAGAUUUAAUAAAUGUGAGAAGACUGUUAUUUUACAUAGAACUUGAUCAUGACUAUUGUGGUUCAAAGUACUUGAAUAAUUCUGAAAGAAAUUUAACUAUUGAUCAUUCAUUAACAAUAUCAACUGAUUCAUCCUUAAAUAAGAUUGACACAGUAAAUUGUCAGCAGAAAGAAAACGUACAGGAGGUUCUUGAAACUAAUAAUAUAAUAACAAAUGAAUAUUUAUUAAAUGGAGAUUUAAAUAACUUAAAAAUAAAAGAAGAAUUAACUAACAUACCUUUGUUAAAUGAAGCUAGUCGAAUCACGUCGAAAGUACUUCCACUGAGUUGUUCCAAAGUUCAUCCAAAUCUUCGUCCUUUGAAAAUUUCCAUUCCUCCAUUGUUUGAACCAUCUGGAAAUAAACAUGUCUUAGUUCUUCAAAACAAUAAAACAAUUCCUGUGGAUAUUGCAGUUCCAUGUACGGAUGAUCGUAAUCGUAAUACUAAUAGCGAUUCAGUAAAAUCAAAGAUAAAUUUAACUGCUUCACGCGGUGUUAGUUUAUUGAAGAAACCCUUCGAUUCAGAAACUACAAUCCAAGUACGAAAUCCUAAAGUACAACAGGGAUUAAAAUUUCAAGUUUCUAAAAGUAUUCUCCUAAAUGUAAAUUCCAAUGUACCAGUACUAAAAAUAGCAGAAAAAAAGAACUCAUUUAAUGAUCUUUUCUCUCAUUUUGAAAAAGAAUCAACUACUGAACAAAUGUUAAAAUCAAACAAUCAAGAAUUAAAAGAAUUCAAGUCAUCACGUCAAAAAAUCACUUUAGGCAAGGAUAAAUACAAGCUUCAAAGUAAAAAGGAAUUUUACGACGAGGUUUUCCGAGCAAUUGAGACUGCAAAUAUUCUAAAUAUUCAAGGCCUACUGCGUUUUAUUGUUAGAAGAAUGCCUAUGAUAACUCGAGAUGCUUCUGACUCUGACUACAGACGACUUCAUCCUUAUGCUUGUACGAGCGAAGAAGAAUUCUUUAGCUAUACUGUUGCAAAACGAAAUGCUUGUGAAUGGAAUCGAGCAAGAAUGAUACGAUACUUUCUGAAGAAAAGACCAUUCACAGAGGAUGAAUUAUGGACUAUUAAGGAAAUAAUGAUUUGGACAAGGUUGCAUGGUUAUACGCCUCUUUGUCCGAAUUUGAAUAUUCGGUCAAUAAAACAGCAGAAAAGUUUACCCGAUUCUGCAAGUAUCACGAACGUUUCUACGUGUACAGAACCUGAUGCUUUUUGCAAAUGGCUACAAAUUUAUCCAGCUCAAUCAAAUGAUUAUUUGUGUGACUAUAAUUCACAUUACUUCAAUGAGUUGGACAUUGAGAUUGAUGUUGUAAAUAUUGAUAUUGCAUUAGAAAAUAAGAAAAGACUACAGAAAAGAAAAGAAAAUAAGGAGUUUGCAAAUACAAAAAUCAUAGUAUUGGAACUUGAGACAAAAUUAGUACCAUUUUAUGAUUUCGUCUGUGAAAUUGCCAGAGAAAUUGGCAUUAAACUAAUUUCUGAAGAAAUUGUACCCACUGUCGUACAUUGUGCUGCAGGUCGAAUGAUAAUGCGGGCUGUUGAAUGCCUUGUAGAAGAUUUAGUCAGAAUGUCUUUGGCAAAAGCUUGGGAAAGAUGUAGUGACAAUGGAUAUCCAAAGGUCAUCAUUUUGGACGAUGUACGUGGAGCUCUUUCAAAUCGCGAAGAAUUUGAUAUUUUUACAAAUCACGGAUUAGGCUCAAAGUAUCGAUUAACAGUUAUGGAUUAGUUCGAACUGAGAAGUUUAAUUACGGCUAAAAGAAUAUUUAUCAAAAAAAUAGAAAGUUUCUGCCAUAUUUAAGUAAUAUAUGUCAACUGCAACAAUACGCUCCAAUAUAGUUCCGAAAUCGGAAGCC